CUUCUUCAUCCUUAGCUCCAAGCACAUCAAAAGCUUUCUCAACCCAUCAUUUCUCUCCUUUAGCAUAUCCACAUUUCCAUUUCCGGCCUCCUGAAACCAUGGUUGGGGCGGUAGAGACCGUAAUAACGCCAGCAAUGGUGAACGGGACGGUGGAGAUCUUGGCUGUGGUUGCCAAGCCAUUGCCUCCAGUUGUGGCGCAAAAUGGUUCCCCCAUAGAAGCCGAGGGAGAAGGAGACGCGAAGGCAAAGAAGAACAGGGAGAUUGUGCUGGGAAAGAACGUGCACAUCACGUGUCUGCCCGUCACAGAACCUGAGGCGAAUGACGAGUUAACCGGUGAAAAGGAGGCUUACAUUGCUAGCGUCUUGGCUCGCUACCAAAACACCCUCAUUAACCGCACCAAGCACCAUUUGGGCUAUCCUUAUAAUUUGGACUUUGAUUACGGAGCGCUAACUCAGUUGCAGCGUUUCUCUAUCAACAAUCUGGGAGAUCCGUUUAUUGAGAGCAACUAUGGUGUCCAUUCUAGGCAGUUUGAAGUUGGUGUCCUGGAUUGGUUUGCCCGAUUAUGGGAAAUAGAGAAGAAUGAAUACUGGGGUUACAUCACAAACUGUGGUACAGAGGGUAAUCUUCAUGGAAUUUUAGUUGGGAGGGAAAUGUUGCCGGAUGGGAUUUUGUAUGCUUCAAGGGAGUCACAUUACUCUGUUUUUAAAGCAGCACGGAUGUACCGAAUGGAAUGUGUCAAAGUUGAUACUCUGGUGUCUGGUGAGAUUAAUUGUGCCGACUUCAAAAUUAAACUGCUUGCUAACAAGGACAAGCCUGCCAUUAUCAAUGUUAACAUAGGAACAACUGUGAAGGGUGCUGUGGAUGACCUUGAUCUUGUAAUACAAACCCUUGAAAAGAGUGGAUUUUCACGAGAUAGAUUCUACAUUCAUUGUGAUGGGGCAUUGUUUGGACUCAUGAUGCCUUUUGUCAAACGUGCUCGAAAGGUCAGCUUUAAGAAGCCUAUUGGAAGCGUGAGUGCGUCGGGGCACAAGUUUAUUGGGUGUCCAAUGCCUUGUGGUGUUCAGAUUACGAGGAUUGAGCAUAUCAAUGCCCUUUCAAGCAAUGUUGAGUACCUUGCCUCGCGGGAUACUACAAUCAUGGGAAGCCGGAACGGUCAUGCUCCUAUUUUCCUUUGGUACACACUCAACAAAAAAGGGUACAAAGGGUUCCAGAAAGAAGUCCAGAAGUGUCUCAAAAAUGCUAUCUAUCUAAAGGACUGCUUGCGCAAAGCUGGGAUUAGUGCAAUGCUAAAUGAACUCAGCAGUACUGUUGUGUUUGAACGACCUAAGGAUGAGGAGUUUGUUCGUAGGUGGCAAUUGGCAUGUGAAGGAAAUAUUGCACAUGUAGUGGUGAUGCCAAAUGUGACCAUGGAGAAGCUAGAUGCUUUUUUGAAUGAGUUAAUUGAAAAACGAUCAACUUGGUAUGAAGACGGAAGCAUUGCACCGCCUCCUUGUAUUGAAGCUGAAAUAGGAAAAGAGAAUUGUGCUUGUGCUUUGCAUAAGUGUUAAUUAAGACUAAUUAGUUAUUAUGCUUUGCAAUUGCUCCUCUGUUAUGUUUGUAGCUUGAAAGCCGAUUCUAGUAAAAUUUAAGUUUCUUUCACCAGUUUCUGGCGUAAUGCUUAAAUACAAUUCAUAGGGACUUCUUCCUCGAGUUCCUUGUAUUGUAUUUCUGCAAUAUCGCAGUUCAUGUACCCAAAUAAAAAUUCAAUAACACC